GUGGACCGGCUUUGUACUCAGUGUAGGAUUUUGUAUCUGAUCCGUUGUGCAAGGAAGCCAGUGGAUUUGGAUUGCAGAGGGGUGGAUGGACACGAGUGUGAGGGGAGGAAGCACUUGAGCAUGGAGAGGCCAGUGGAGACACUUGAUGGCAGAGGGGUAAGAAGGGUGUGGAGGACACUGAGUGGAGCCAGUGGAGGGAUUGCAGAGGGGGGGUGGAGGACACUGAGUGGAGGCCAGUGGAGGGAUUGGCAGAGAUGGGGUGGUAGGACACUGAGUGGAGGCCAGUGGAGGGAUUGGCAGAGGGGGGGUGGAGGACACUGAGUGAGGCCAGUGGAGGAUUGGCAGAGAGGGGUGGAGGGACACUGAGUGGAGGCCAGUGGAGGGGAUUGGCAGAGAAGGGGGGUGGAGGACACUGAGUGGAGGCCAGUGGAGGGAUUGGCAGAGAGGGAUGGAGGACACUGAAGGGAUUGCCAGUGGAGGGAUUGGCAGAGAGGGGUGAGGAC